GUAAAGUCUCUCCUGCGCGUGAGAUACCUCUGCCCUGUAUUCUUGCACGGUAGUCUACUACAUACAGUAAGGGUGUAGGCUUUUCACUAGGAACUAAAUUGAACUAUUUUAUUUUGUCCAAUAGAAACUCUCAUUUUCCGUUUCUACAUUGUAGCUAUGAAUUCACCCUACAUAAAUUGGCUUUAGCGGACGUUGUUAGUCACGCACCCACCGGCAACUGAAAAAGUAACGUUAGCCUACUCCAGCACUUCAAAAGUUGUAGCUGUUUCUCGCAAAGAUUUACAACGUCCAGGAACCGAGAUUACACACAGAUUAUCCAUGGCACGUGGUGGUACUGAAUGCGAUAGCCCUGUGGUGCAUAGGGAGAGGGAAUGCCAUACCAUGCAGAAACUCAAAUAUGCACAGGAAACGAGUACAUUGCCUAAAAAGAGCCAUGCGUUGCCGACCUGCACCAAUGAUGAUGGCCCUAUAGUUUGGGGGUUUUCUGAAGAACGACCCAUAAAUAAAAUAGGAAAAUCAACAAAUAAAAAAUGGUAUAUCAAUGCAGAGCUAAAGCAGAGCCUUAGGGAGACUGGGUUGGAGAAAGGUGUAGAGGAAAAGGCAAGCACUGCAAAUGGGGAAAGUAGUGGAGGGAAUGUUGAAGAGUUGAAGGGGGAUAUAGCUGAAAAUGAACAGGAGGAAAAGAGUGAUGCUUUAGUUGUACAAGUAGAGUAUGUGGGUGACAAAGCCAGUGUGGAGUACAGAGAGGGAGAUGGUCUUGCCCCAGGGGGAGUAGAGGAGGUGACUGAGAUGGCUGCUGAGGUGGAGUUUGAAGAUGGGAUGAGAGCUGAGAUGAAAGGGGGAAAGGGGACAGACCGUUAUGAGUCAGGGGAGGAGGUCAUCGCUGAGAGGGCUGUGAAGAGAGCGAUUGAAGAGAAAGAUACAGAGGGAAAACGCAUCCUAGAGAAAGAACACAAGGUGGCUCCCAAGAGGAAGAAUAUAAGGAAACGCAGACGAUCAGCCAAACCUCAACGUGACAAAGAGGCAAAUUCCAGUGCUUCCUUUGUAGAGACCGUUCUCUUAUGGCUGUUGACAGUUUUCCUAUGGUGGCAGGCCUUCUCGUCAAGGAAGUUCCCUUUGUCCGUAUGGAUUGUAUUUUUGAUAUUCAUGUCCAGGAUGGCAUGUGGCGUUGAGGGUCUCUUUAUUGAUACAAGCAACGAUCACUGGAAUGUGUCAUGCAUUGCAUGUAAGAGUCCUGGGUGUGCUGCUGCUGUGAAUAAGAUAUGGUGUGGGGAGGAUGAGCUGUUGAAGGGUUUACCGAUUCCACUCUGCACAAGCAUUCCUCAAAAGCCGAAGACUGCUUGCCACCAUGAUGGUCGGGCAUUUGUGCUUAUGGUUAAGGAGGUCCACGAGUGUAAUAUGGAAUAUUUGGAUAACUAUGUCUCCUCUGAGAAGACAGAGUGUCCACCAUUGUUGGAGGCUAUUCAAGGUAUAAACAGCAACAACACGUUGUCACCCCCACCUCUCAAUGGUUCAUCGUCUGUAGGCGUCAUUGUCGCAUCAGUUCUUAGCUUUGUUGGUGUCAUUGGUGUCGUUGCAAUCUAUUUGAUCAGGCAAAAGCAUCAGGGUGCCAGUAGAAACCAAGAUGAAGAGACUGAGAUGAGUGGUCUGAACAACGGUACCAAUCAGAAUGGAGGUCCUGCCAAUAGAGACAAUAAUGAAGAGGUGGCUGUGAACAUGCUUGAGAGCCCCCUGAGCCAUCGCCAGCAAUGAGGGCCCGUGGAGCUGUCUCUGGCAGCAUGGUUAGCAUAGAGACUAUGCUACUGAUUGUCCUUGCUCGUCUAUGAAGUGUUUUUUUUUCUGUUCAUGUCCAAAAUGUGGCACAUCUUACAUUUUCAUUUCAACAGAUAGUGCGUGUUUGUGUAACUUGUGUUUUCAACAUAUUUCAGUGCGGAACAUAGAUGGCAUAAGACCCUGAUUUUAUUGAUCAGGGAAAAGGGAAUGCAAAUUAUUAAGGGAACUGCUUUGGGGCUUCACAUUUUUUUUUCAUCUUACUUGUUCAAAUAAAUAAAAUAAUGAAUGACAGUAGCCUAAUUGUUGAUCAAUCAACCCUUAUGUUAAUUGCAGCAAUUAUAUAUUAAUUAUUCUACUUUUAAUUGUAGCCUUCAAGAUUUUGAGUGAACUCUGAUUUGGUUUUCACAUGCAUUUUUUUAUCCUCGCUAGCAGAUUUGGAAAGUUUUAUGUUGAUACUUCACUUUAAUAGCUGUAGAGACACGUGGCCUUAUACAUUUUUGAUCAUUAUGUAAACGUUUUAGUAAGUUUGAGGAAAUCCCCUUGUAACCUGUCAAUGAUAAAACCUCAUAACACAAAA